AUGAAGAGGACUUUCGUAACUGCUGUUGGCCGUCUUCUAAAGCAGCAGAAAGGUGAUUUACAGUCAACCAUAAAAUUUCUUACGCAAGGAAGUCGAUCCACAACGAUAUCAUCCUUGUUUCAGGAGGGCAAAGCAGACGUUGCACAUGUGAAACACAUAGUAGACAUACUGAAUACCGAUCUGCCUGAUGUCGAUGCCAAAAAGCGGCGUAUUGAUGCACACUACGACCUUCUCAUGUCAAGACUGAAGCAAGUCGUGGAGAAGUCCAUCGAGCAUGGGGCACAAGCCGUUAAUGAAAGUGUUCCUCACAUGGCGGUCAAGGACAGAAUAGCACAAUGCCAGAACAGUGAUCAGCUUUAUCAGCUUCUUUUGGAGCUGCAACUAUCGCGGAAAAUCACUCGUGGGGCUCUAGCCAAGAUCGUGAUGCACAAGAACUUUACGCAUGCGCGCCAGGUAAGUGAGAAUCUUGCUGCGUUCAGUUACGAGUUAGAUCUCGCAGCAAUGGUAUGUUACAGAAUGCGUGGAUCUGAAGGUCUAGCUAUCAGAAACAUCUAUAAAAGUCGGUGGAUCUCUGAGUGGCAUAAUCUUGCCCCACUGGCUCAAAAGCUGGUGUGGAAAUGCGAGCAACGAAGCGGCGGCCUGGCUGCAGUCCAGCAAAUGAUUGGUUCUAUCGAGGGUUGGACACGUGCGAAUACCAUAGGACUCUACCAAGCAUUAUAUCUUAUAGCACACGAGCUACCGCGGCCGGAAGAGUUCGCUGACGCAACACAGCUCACUACCAGCCAGAAUUUCUUCAUAGAAGCACUACGAGCUUUGUCACCUUGGACUGCCAUGUCUGAUCGCAUUAGGAAGCAGUGUCUUGAAGUGGUGCGUGCGAGCGUCGAGAACAGAAUUGUUUCCGAGGCGAGCAGCGAAAAUGGCGUAUCGGUUAAUCAAUACCGGUUCAUUCGUCGUCUCGACGAUAUUUUACAGCAAAGUGUGACGCGUAACAGCGAACCACCCAUCCUGCAACAGGCUCUACAAGAAAUUAUUGAGGAACUACAUAGGCAAGAGGAGGAGGUUCGCUCACAGAUGGUGCUCAAAUUCAUUUAA